GCGGUCAGCAUAGAGAGUCCUCUUCACGUAGAAGGCGUGGGAAAGAGCGCGCGGGGGAUGCUGGGAAACUCCUCUCGUCAGCCACCAUCUUGCUUUCCUUUAAGCCGGCCGUGACCGUGGAUUAGAGCAAUCUUGAGCCAUGAAGCUGCUAAGCAGAGCCGGGUCCCUUUCGAGAUUUUAUUCCCUGAAAGUUGCUCCCAAAGUGAAAGCCACGGCUGCCCCUGCAGGAGUGCCUUCACAUCCUCAGGACCUUGAGUUUACCAAAUUACCAAAUGGCUUAGUGAUUGCUUCUCUGGAGAACUAUGCUCCUGCAUCAAGAAUUGGUUUGUUCAUUAAAGCAGGCAGUAGAUAUGAGGACUCCAACAACUUAGGAACCUCUCAUUUGCUUCGUCUUGCAUCCAGUUUGACUACAAAAGGAGCUUCAUCUUUCAAGAUAACCCGUGGAAUCGAAGCAGUUGGUGGCAAAUUAAGUGUGACUUCAACCAGGGAAAGCAUGGCCUACACUGUGGAAUGCCUGCGGGACCACGUUGAUAUUCUAAUGGAGUUCCUGCUCAAUGUCACCACAGCACCAGAAUUCCGUCGUUGGGAAGUGGCUGCCCUUCAGUCUCAGCUAAGGAUUGACAAAGCUGUGGCUUUUCAGAAUCCACAGGCUCGUGUCCUUGAAAAUUUGCAUGCUGCAGCUUACCGAAAUGCCUUGGCUAAUUCCCUGUAUUGUCCUGAUUAUAGGAUUGGAAAAGUGACACCAGAUGAGUUGCAUUACUUUGUUCAGAACCAUUUCACAAGUGCAAGAAUGGCUUUGAUUGGACUCGGUGUGAGUCACCCUGUUCUAAAGCAAGUUGCGGAACAGUUUCUCAACAUGAGGGGUGGGCUUGGUUUACCUGGUGCAAAGGCCAAAUAUCGUGGAGGUGAAAUCCGAGAGCAGAAUGGAGACAGUCUCGUUCAUGCUGCUCUUGUAGCUGAAAGUACUGCCACAGGAGGUACAGAAGCAAAUGCAUUUAGUGUUCUCCAGUACGUCCUUGGUGCUGGACCACAUGUCAAGAGGGGCAGCCAUCCCACCAGCGCUCUGUACCAGGCUGUUGCCAAGGGAGUUCACCAGCCAUUUGAUGUUUCCGCUUUUAAUGCCAGUUACUCGGAUUCUGGACUCUUUGGGAUUUACACCAUCUCACAGGCUGCCGCAGCUGGAGAUGUUAUCAAGGCUGCCUAUAACCAAGUGAAAACAAUUGCUCAAGGAAACCUUUCCAAUGCAGAUGUCCAAGCUGCCAAGAACAAGCUGAAAGCUGGCUACCUAAUGUCAGUGGAGUCUUCUGAGGGGUUCCUGGAUGAAGUCGGGUCCCAGGCGCUGGGUGCGGGAUCUUACAUACCGCCAGACACAGUCCUUCAGCAGAUAGACUCCGUUGCUGAUGCUGAUGUCGUAAACGCUGCAAAGAAGUUUGUUUCUGGCCGGAAGUCAAUGGCAGCAAGUGGAAAUCUGAGCCAUACGCCUUUUGUUGAUGAGUUGUAAUACUGAAACACAUCUUGCAGGGAAGAGCUGAACAUGUUCUCAACCUGGAGCAGCAAACCCAUGAAAGUCAAAAACCUCUAAUAUAACAUUCAUCUCUUUUUUUUCCCAAUGAGGUGAAGUGUCUUAACAUGUAAAUACAGGUAACUAUCCCCAGCUGACUGAAAGUCAAUAAAACAUUCUGUUUAAAUGUUUUUCUUGCAUCUUUGCAAUUAGUUAAUCAAGUAUUUAUUAUAUGCUGA